CUCUGCCACCAUGGAGGAGGUGGACAAAAUCCUGAUCCACUCCCUGCGACAAGUGGGGACGUCGGUGCCCCGAGAGGUGCAGAGCGUGCGGGAGCUGACCCCGGAGCUGGUGGUGGAGGCGGCGGUGCGGUGCCUGCGCGCCGUGCGCCCGGCCCUGGGGGGGCCGCUCAGCCCCCAGCUGCCCCCCGGCAUCUCGGCGCGCUUCCGCCUCGCCUCCGACUUGGCCUCCGCCUGCCAGGAGCUGGGAUUUGGGGGCGACGUGGGCUACCAGACGUUCCUGUACAGCUCCGAGCACGACACGCGCCGCCUCCUGCUCUUCCUGGUGGAGAAGCUGCCGCGGGACGAGAGCGAGGGGGGGGCCGAACCCCCUGGGAAAUCGGGGGCGCUGCUGCGGGCGGUGGGCGCCCGCAUCAGGGAGCAGCUGGGGACCCCCUGGGUGCCCCCCCCCUGCCGCCCCCCCCGGCUGCAGCGCCUGCAGGGUACUGGUCACCUGCGCCCCUUCACCACCUGCCCCUUGGUCCUGCCCCAGAGUGGGGGCCCCCCAGAGCUGCAGGAGUAUUUUAGGGGAGCGGCCCCCCCCGUGACGGAGCAGCCCCCCCUGCCCGCCUGGACCCCCCCGGCGCUGCUGGAGGCCCAUGCGGCCCAGCUGAGCGCCCGCCGCGACUGGGAGGCCGAGUGGGGGGGCCCCGGGCUGGCCUCGCGCCUGCCCCCCCAGGAAUAUGUGGGGCGGAAGCGGCAGCGGGCCCGGCUGCGGGCCCUCGAGCCCCUGCGCCAGGUUUGCCCCCCCCGCCCCCAGGGCCCCCCCCUGGACCCCGCGUGGCUCCAGGAGGCUUUUGGGGCCGGGGGGGCCGGGGGGGCCCUGCCCAAGGGCUCCCGCUUCACCCGCACCCAGCACCUGACCCACGAGCAGGACCCCCAAAUCCUGCUGCAGCAGAUGCAAACGGCUGCCGAGAGCGUGCUCCCCUCCAAGAGCUCCGAGGAGGAGGCGGGAGCCCGCCAGGCCGGCGAGGAGGCGGCGCUGGAGGAAAAUUUGGCCCGCUUGGAGGCCGACAUCGAAGGCUGCCGCGGCGAGGUGCGGGACGCCCAGCUGAGCCUCACCCAGGUGGAGGCGGAGGUGCAGCAAGGCCGCUUGGCGCUGGGGGGCCGCGAGGCCGCGCUGAGGCUGAAGGCGCGGGCGGUCGAGCUGCUGCCGGACGCGCAGAGCAAUAUGGACAAGCUGCAGCUGGUGGUGGAGGCGAGCAGCCGGCGCAUCGUCAGCCUGGCGGCGCAGUGGGAGCGGCACCGGGGUCCUCUCCUCGCCGAGUACCGGCACCUCCGGGCCCUGCGCGACUCCGCUCAGCUGGAGUCCUCGCGGCGGCUGGCGGAGAUCCGAGCCCUGCACGAGCGGAGCCGCUCGGCGGCCGAGGAGGCGCGGCGCAAGGAAGAGAUCUACAAGCAGCUGGUGGUGGAGCUGGAGGCGCUGCCCCGCGACGUCUCCCGCGCCGUCUACACCCAGCGCAUCCUGGAGAUCGUGGGCAACAUCCGCAAGCAGAAGGAGGAGAUCGGCAAGAUCCUGGUGGACACGCGGGCGCUGCAGAAGGAGAUCAACGCCCUGGUGGGGAAGCUGGAGCGGACGUUCAGCGUCACCGACGAGCUGCUCUUCAAGGAUGCCAAGCGGGAUGAGGUGGUGAGGAAGGCCUACAAGUACCUGGCGGCGCUGCAUGAGAACUGUGCCCAGCUCAUCCAGACCAUCGAGGACACGGGCACGAUCCAGCGGGAGAUCCGCGACCUGGAGGAGCAGAUCGAGGGGGAGACGAGCGCCAAGCCCCCCGCCAGCCUCGACCGCAUCCUCAGCGACUGCCGGGCGCUGCGGGAGGAGAACGCCCUGCUGGCGGCCCGAGCCCGCCACGCCUGAACCCCAUAAAAACCCCAAAACCCCCCCAAAAAUCUUGGGGGGGGGGGCGGGGGGGUCCCCGCCAGCAAUCCCCAAAGCCCUUGGGGUUUGGGGGACCCCGGGAGUGGAGACGCCCCCCCUAAAACACAGCGACGGCAGACGAGGUUUCUUUACGGUGCCAAUAAAGCCCCGCCACCACGGUUU